CCCCCGCCCUCACCCCCUCGGCGUCCGUCCCAAUUUCUCCUGCUAUUUUUAAGGCUGGGAGGGGAGGGGGGCUGGAGAGAUAGGGGGAGCUAGUCUGGCCCAGAUUCCCUGCCCUUGGCCUGGAAAGGGGAAAUGAGAGGGGGCUGAGACAGGCUGGGGACACAAGUGGGGGACAGAGAAGAUGCAGGGGUGAGGGGACCGAAGACGAGAGUUGGAAGGGGUGGGGCUGUCAUCCAGGGGUCAAGAGAUUAAAAAUAUGGAGAGUUGAGGGACAGAGAGAGAGAUAACUAUUAAUGCAGGCACUGAGAUUAGACAGAGAGAGAAUCUCAGAAAUGCAGAAGAAGUUGGAGACCCAGACAGAGAGAGAGAGAGGCAUGGAACAGAGACAGCAGCCCAGGAGGAGAAGGUGAGCCACAGGAGCUGAGAGAGACAGACGGAGACAAGAAACCCAGAGAAGCAGGGCUGCAGAUACCCAGAGAGACAAGCUAGAAUAGAAAAUUGUAGAUAUGGAGAAGGAUUUCUGAGAUGCCAAGAAGGACGCCCAGGGAGACCCUUCGAUGCACACACAUGAGCACACACACACACACAGGUGCACGUAUACGCACAUAUCCCCCAUGAGCACACACACGUGCAUAUACAAGAUCCCUCAUGCACGCACACAUACACACACACAGACACACACAACCUCUCUCUCCCUCCCUCUGCUUCCCACGACUUACAAGAACAGUCGACCCUGUGGCCCAUUCCUGGUCCCUCCUUCACUUUCUGUCUGGCUGUGGGGCUCUUCUCUCGGAGCCUCUAUCUAUGCUGUCCAGGAUGGUAGCCACCGGCCACACCUCGAUAGCUAGAAUUGCACUUGGGGGGGCUACCAUGACUGGCCAACGGAAACCUAAACCCCAUUUAAUCUGAACUGAUUUAAAUUUAAACAGCCACGUGUGGUUAGUGACUACUGGGUGGGACAGCAUAUAAAUCCCGACCUCCCCCGGCUUGUUUUGGUAGUUCAAUGAAGCCAGGGGGCUUGAGAGUCUAGCCCAGGUUUUGACGUAGGGUUGGAGCCAGUUUUACGAUUAGCAGAUGAAGAAAGAGACAGAAUGAGAACCUGAGACAGAGAGAGAGAGAGGGACAGAGAGAGCUCCAGAAGUCCAUGGGACAUUUUGCCAGCUGCUUAGGGGAAGAAAAUUGAAGUUUGCAUAGAGGGUAUGAUUUCAUAGAACAUAUAUUGAGCUCCACUGUCUACUAGCAUCCAUAUAUGUCGUUGAUGAGCCGCCUUGCCUGCCCACCUGCACCCCCAACACCAUUUCUGAUUUAUCCAGCGCUCACUGCACGCGCUCAGCAGCUAUCUUGCAGACAGCACAGGAGAGUGUCUGCACAACAUACAAGGACCCCCGGAACAAGCACAAGUUCCGUCUGCACAGCUACAGCAGCCCCACCUUUUGCGACCACUGCGGCUCCCUCCUCUACGGGCUGGUGCACCAGGGCAUGAAAUGCUCCUGCUGCGAGAUGAACGUGCACCGACGCUGUGUGCGCAGCGUGCCCUCUCUGUGCGGGGUGGACCACACCGAGCGCCGUGGGCGCCUGCAGCUGGAAAUCCGGGCACCGACGGCAGAUGAGAUACACGUCACAGUUGGCGAGGCCCGUAACCUCAUCCCGAUGGAUCCCAAUGGUCUGUCUGAUCCCUAUGUGAAGCUGAAGCUCAUCCCAGACCCUCGGAACUUGACGAAACAGAAGACCCGAACAGUGAAAGCCACACUAAACCCUGUGUGGAACGAGACCUUUGUGUUCAACUUGAAGCCGGGGGACGUGGAGCGCCGGCUCAGCGUGGAGGUGUGGGACUGGGACCGGACUUCCCGCAAUGAUUUCAUGGGUGCCAUGUCCUUCGGUGUCUCGGAGCUGCUCAAGGCGCCGGUGGACGGCUGGUACAAGUUACUGAACCAGGAGGAGGGCGAGUAUUACAAUGUGCCGGUGGCUGACGCUGACAACUGCAGCCUCCUCCAGAAAUUUGAGGCCUGUAACUACCCACUGGAACUGUAUGAGCGGGUGCGGAUGGGUCCCUCUUCGUCUCCCAUCCCUUCCCCAUCCCCCAGUCCCACCGACUCCAAGCGCUGUUUCUUUGGGACAAGCCCUGGACGUCUGCACAUCUCUGACUUCAGCUUCCUCAUGGUUCUAGGAAAAGGCAGUUUUGGGAAGGUGAUGCUGGCUGAGCGCAGGGGCUCCGAUGAGCUCUACGCCAUCAAGAUCCUGAAGAAAGACGUGAUUGUUCAGGAUGACGACGUGGACUGCACCCUGGUGGAGAAGCGAGUGCUGGCCCUGGGGGGCCGAGGCCCGGGCGGCCGGCCCCACUUUCUCACCCAGCUGCAUUCGACCUUCCAGACCCCGGAUCGCCUGUAUUUUGUGAUGGAGUAUGUCACGGGGGGCGACCUGAUGUACCACAUCCAGCAGUUGGGCAAGUUUAAGGAGCCCCAUGCAGCGUUCUACGCAGCGGAAAUCGCCAUCGGCCUCUUCUUCCUUCACAAUCAGGGCAUCAUCUACCGGGACCUGAAACUAGACAACGUGAUGCUGGACGCAGAAGGACACAUCAAAAUCACGGACUUCGGCAUGUGUAAGGAGAACGUCUUCCCCGGGACCACGACCCGCACCUUCUGCGGGACCCCAGACUACAUAGCCCCUGAGAUCAUUGCCUACCAGCCCUAUGGGAAGUCUGUGGAUUGGUGGUCCUUUGGGGUUCUGCUGUAUGAGAUGCUGGCAGGACAGCCCCCUUUUGACGGGGAGGAUGAGGAAGAGCUGUUUCAGGCCAUCAUGGAACAAACUGUCACUUACCCCAAGUCACUUUCCCGGGAAGCCGUGGCGAUCUGCAAGGGGUUCCUAACUAAGCACCCAGCGAAGCGCCUGGGCUCGGGGCCAGACGGGGAGCCCGCCAUCCGUGCUCAUGGCUUUUUCCGCUGGAUGGACUGGGAGCGCCUGGAACGACUGGAGAUCGCGCCUCCGUUCAGACCCCGUCCGUGUGGACGCAGCGGUGAGAACUUCGACAAAUUCUUCACGCGGGCGGCGCCAGCGCUGACCCCGCCAGACCGCCUAGUGUUGGCCAGCAUCGACCAGGCCGAUUUCCAAGGCUUCACCUACGUGAACCCGGAUUUCGUGCACCCAGAUGCCCGCAGCCCCAUCAGCCCUCCGCCUGUGCCAGUCAUGUAAUCUCUCCUGCCGCCACUAGGUGUCCCCAUUGCUCCCUCCCCGCACCAGCCUUAGCCCCCUCUUCACCCCCUUUCCAAUUUAGAUCUUGCUCCCCAGCAUUCUAGCCUCUGCCCUGUGGGUGCUAGGUGCCCUUCCCCAGCGUUCCUGGCAUUCUAAACUCCACACAGUCUCUAGAGCCUUACCAUGUUCUAGAUUCUGCUGGGCUGAGCCCUGGAUUCUCCCCCACCUCAGUGUUCUGGACUGUCCUCUACCAGGUUCCAGAACCACCACCAUUAUCCCAAUUCCAUGGGGUUCUAGACUCCAUUAUGGUAGAAUCCGUGCCUCGUGCCUCUCUCUCUCUCUCUCUUUUUUUUUUUUUUUCUUUUUUGCUUUCCGGGAAAUAGUCUCAUGGGGUGGGCUGUUCCAGACUUGGAUUUCAGAACAAACCCCCACUUCUGAUCCCCCCUCCACUCCAUUCUGGAGUAAGUGGGAGGCUGUGCCCCCAUGCUCCAGAGCUCCCCUUCUACACUCUAGGGAUUCCUGGGGUGUAUGAAGGAUUCUUACCCCAGCUGUUCUCAAUCAGCUUUUGUUCUAGCCGCCCCCACCCUAAACCCAUCAGUGCUCGCCUGCCAGGUGCAUGGCUCCAGUCCUGCUCGGAACCCCUCCUCCCUCCUGCUCCCCCCGCCCCACCUCGUGCCUGCCACUCUCCGGGAUUCUCUCCUCCUCCCCGGGCCCACUCUUCUCUUUGGCUCUCCCACCCGGCCACAGCUGCUGGAGAAUAAAUUUGGGA